UUCAAAGUCAUUCAAUUCAGAGCAACUUUAGUAGAAAGAAACAGAGCCAUAACCCUCAACAAAAUUGACAAAGCCCACAGCUAAAGCUACUAGUAAAUCACACAAAUGAUAAAUUUGGUAAAUUAAGCCAAAAACUAGUGGCAAUGUCUAGCUGGCACAUUAUGUUAGAGCUUGUGAUGAGGUGGUAGAGUUUGUUCAAGAGCUGUAACAACCUGAUCGAAGAGGUUCAUGAUGCAUUAAGGCUAAUGUUAGCUGAUAUAUGUGCAUGCUGCUGUAGCUGUAAGGCCUUGAACAUGAGCAUGCAUUAUGAAACUAUCAUCAACAAUACCCGCAUUGGCCACAUAGCUUGCUGAACAAGCCAAAGUUCCCGCCACCCCGCUUUUUUAAACUUCUAUAUAUAAUACCCACCCACCCACAAUUAGACCUCAGCUCACUUCUCUCCUUCAUCCAUUAAUAUUUCUGCUCUUCAAUUUUCUCUCUCCUUUUUCUUCAUUUUCUUCUUCUUCUUCCUUUCUCUCUCCUUGAGUUAAGGUUUAAUUUGCUCCUUUUUCUCUCUCAUCUGAGAUGGCUGAGGUUCCGAGCGGUAAUGAGAAGAACGAAGCUGCUGCUGCAGCACCGAACGCCGAGCCACAACUCCUGAAUGAAGCUCCUAAGGCGAACGAUGCUGUUCAGUUCUACACUGAGGAAGUUGGCCGUACUACCAGCUCCACGAAGAAGGCUGGACAAGAGGUUCCUAAACUCGGCGACUCUGUUUUCUCCGUCUCUGAUCUUCCUGAAGAUGCUGCUCACGCUGAGGCUGUUGGCCGUACUGACAGCUCUAAGAGGGAGGCUGAGCAAGACGGAAGUAUUCUCUCUGCUGAUCUCAAGCUUGCUGACUCUGUCUUCUCUGUCUCUGGUCUCCCUGAAGAUCUUGCGCUCUUCUCUUUUUCUCUCUCUCCUCUUUGUGAUUUUGAUGUUUUCUGGUGCUUUCAAUCUGCUGUUGCAUGUUUUAUUGUUUUUUCAAGUGUUAAUCUGUCAAUAUCUUCUAAUUCCAUUGUAUCUUCAGUGAAUGUUGUGUUUGCAAUUUGCAUCUAAUUUCCUUUUGCUUCUUUAAUUCAGUAUUUUGUGCUAUUUUUUUUUUCCGAAUAUUUCGC